GCUACUGUAUAUAUUCAAAAAAAUAAAAUUGAAAUUUAAAAAAAAAAAAAAUAAAUAAAUAAAUUAAUUAAACAGUAUUUUUGAGCUCAUAAACAAAUCCAAAUUUGUUUGGAUAUAUUACAUUAUAUUGUUUAUGAUCUCAAAAAAAAAAAAAAAAACAAACUUUAGCCUAACGUAUUGAUCAUCACUGCCGCCAUGGCAACAGAAUUGCAAGCAGCCUCAUUGUUGAUUGUGUUAUGUGCAUUGCCGUGUGUAUUUGGCGACGGCAAUUCUGGAUGGUCGGAAGCUCAUGCCACCUUUUAUGGCCCGCCUGAGGGAACCGUUGGCGGGGCUUGUGGGCUUCAAAACCAAAAGGACACCUAUGCCCCAUACACUACAGCAUUGAGUGCAGCAUUGUUCAAAAAUGCAGAGAGCUGCGGAGCAUGCUAUGCAUUACGAUGUGUAAAUAACACAGGGCAAUGCAAGACACAAAAUCCCAUCAUCGUUACCGCCACCGAUCUUUGCCCAACCGGAGAUGGAAAAUGGUGCACUCCGCCGCGGGCACAUUUUGACCUAUCCAUGCCUGCGUAUCUCAAAAUUGGAGAGUACAAAGCUGGGUUUAUUCAUGUCCAGUAUAGCAAGGUUCCAUGCUCGAGAAAAGGAGGAGAACGGUUUACAAUUGCGGGACAUGAGUACUUUAACCUAGUAACGGUGUCAAACGUUGGAGGAAGCGGAGAUGUUUCGAAGGUGGAUGUGGAGGAUAAUGCUGACGGGGAGAAGAAGUGGGUACCGCUAAAACGCAACUGGGGUGAGAAAUGGGAGACCAAUGCACCGCUGUCUGGGAAAGCUCUGGAUUUUAAGGUCACCACACAAGAUGGGAAAGCAGUUACUUCCCGGAAAGUUGCCCCCAAGUCGUGGCAAUAUGGCCAGACAUUCGAAGGUAAAAACUCCCGAUAAAACGCAUCCAUCCAUCAUGUCGGGUAAUAAUUCAAUUAUUAAAGUUUUGGCAACCUCACAAUAAAAUGCACAUCAGAUCACUUAACAUCAGAUCGGUUUUUGAAUUUUUGUGGUUCGAGUCUUAUAAACAAAUGAGGCCCUAUCAAAAGUAUAGGAAUAGUUUUAGGAUAAAUUAUAAUUUUUUUUUAAUUUUUUAACUAGUUAAGGUCAAAAAUAAAUAUUGAGUCCUCUAAAAAUUGAGGUCCUGGGUGCUAUUGCUCAUCUUGCGCGGCCCAAAAUUUGGCCAUGGUUUACAUAUAUAGUGUAGGUAGAAUGUUAGUUAGAGCAUAAUUUUCUGCUGUAAAUGCGAGGCAGUGUUGAAGUAAUCAAGUUACGCAAAUUUUCCUUUCA